AUGACACCCCACCACACCCCGCCACACCCCACCGGCAUGAAGGGCCCACCGAAGGAGCUCAUAAGCUUGCGUGACAAGUUGCAAGCCGCGCAUGCGGCGUCAGAGUCUAGGAGGUUAGAUAGCAAGCACUAUCUUGGGGUUGAUGUUGCCAUCGGUGAAGCUCUAGAGCAACUACCGCCCGUGUACCGGGGAAGCUACUCAGAUAGCGAUGAGAGCUUGGUGUCGGAGACGAAGCAGGGCGACUCACCGGUGGCAGCAGUAGACUCUUCAUCGGCCAAGGCACUCCAGGUGCUUUUGGCGGAGCACGAAGGGCCGCUACGAAGUAUGUUGACGAACCCAGACACACUCGGGAUUGACAGACGCACGGGGAUUGAAGCCAAACUGGACGAGACCAGGUCGCCGUCUGCUAGGGACGACCUGGGAAAGCGAAUGGAUCCUACAGGGUCGGACAUAAAAAAUAUCUUGCAGCUGGCGUCUGACUUGAAGGAGCUUCCUGACAGCAUCGAGCGCAGCGCCAAGAUGAACCUGGUCACGUACCUCCAGGUCGACGCGGUCCGAAAGUACGAGAGGAUUUCCACCGGCCUUUAUUUCGACCUACGGCGGGAUGAAGGGUUUGAUGAGCUACUUCGGAUCCAUGAAAAGCAGCCGGAAGGCGACCUUGUGCAGCCGAUGGAGACAGGGUCCUUUGAAGACUAUCUUCUGCAAGCUGAACACGCCAAGCUUUGCCUGGACGGGCUGCUUGAGUCGGUGGCUCCCCUUGGAACACCUGGGCGGGAGGUGAUUCUGGCAGACGUCAAGACCUUGAAAAGCACGACGCGCAAGGCCAACAAUUGGGGUGGCAUCCGGUAUGUGACGGACUUGGCCCGAGGGACUGUGAUCUGUGACACGCCCCGCGAUGUUGCACAAGUGUUCGAGGCGCUCACCUUAAAAGUUGGCCAGGUACCGGGGGGCAAUGUCCUGCGCGUUUCCAAUGGGUUCAUACGCAACUACGGGAGAAACGGUUACAGGGACGUGAAAAUGUUUGUGAUAAUUGCAGAGCAUAUUUGUGAGAUCCAGCUACAUCUCCGACCGUUCCACUGCCUGAAAGACGGCCAACACGAGAUCUACGAGUGGUCCCGUGCUCUCAGAGUCACAGCGGAUAUGAGGCCUAGUCACCUCUUCAAGAACAUGGAGCCAGGGAUGCUUGAGCGAAUGACACAGCUGUCCAGAGACGACUGGUGUUCAACUAAACGUGCUCUAUCUUCACUGCUGCACACCGCUGGGCACUACGAAGAGGCUCGGGAAUUGAUGCGCCAAGAAGUUAGUCGCCGUGAGAUGGUAAAGCUUGAGGCUGACCUUGCACACGGGCAGGACAGCAUGGAGUGGGAUGUUGCCGCGCUUGUCCUCGGGACGGCACUGUCCAACCUUGCUGGUGUAUUGAAAAAAGAGGGCCAGUUUGAAGAGGCGGAUUCUCUGUAUCUCCGAGCUGUUGAGAUUGCGGACAAGACCCUGGGCCCUGACCACCCAGAUACAGCAAAAUCGAUCAGCAACCGGGCGGGGUUGUUAAGAGCUCAGGGGAGGUAUGAAGAGGCCGAGCCUUUGUACAAGCACGCGCUAGCUAUUCAUGAUAGGGUCCUAGGCGCGUGCCACCCUGACGUCGCCACGGACCUCAACAACCUUGCGGGGUUGUUGGAGAGUCAGGGCGAGUUUGAAGAGGCCGACCCUCUCUAUCUCCGUGCUAUUAAGAUUGGGGAGAAGACGCUGGACCCUGACCACCCAGACGUCGCAGCCAGUAUCAACAACCGGGCGCAGUUGUUGAAGCAGCAGGGGAAGUACGAAGAGGCAGAUCCGCUGUAUCUACGAGUGAUCGAGAUUGAUAAGAGGACCCUCGGGCCUAGUCACCCACACCUGGCUACAAGCCUCAACAACCGGGCGGGGUUGUUGGAGAGCAAGGGCGAAUACUCAGAAGCGGAAGCGUUGUACAAGAAGGCGCAAGAGAUCUUCGAGGAGUCCUUAGGGCGGGAUCAUCCUAACGUUGCCAUAUCUCUCAACAACCGGGCGGAGUUAAGGAGAACACAGGGCAAAUACGCCGAAGCCGCACACCUGAACGCACGGGCGACCGACAUUUGGGAGAGAGCCUUAGGUCCUGAGCACCCAGUAGUGGCGACAGCGCUCAACAACCGGGCGGUGUUGUUGAAAGCUCAGGGCAAGUACGACGACGCGGAGCAGUUAUACGCUAGGGCACAAACUAUCCUCGAGAAAGCCUUUGGACGCGAACAUUCGAGUAUGGCCACUGCGCUCAACAACCGGGCGGGAUUGUUGUAUCUACAGGCCAAGUAUGAAGAGGCAGAUCCCUUGUUCGUUCGGGCCCUGGAAAUUCUUGGUGCCACCGUUGGAGAUCAACACCCCAACUAUGCUUCAGCGCUCAUCAACCGCGCGGAGUUGUUCACGGCACAAGGCCACUUUGCCGAAGCGGUGCCCCUGAAUGCACGGGCCACGGAUAUUUUGGAGAGAACCUUAGGUCCUGAGCACGCGAACGUGGCAUCAGCGCUUGCCAUUCGGGCGUGGCUGUUGGGGAGGCUGGGCAAGCCCUCAGAGGCUGACCCCCUUUACCUUCGAGCUAUUAAAAUUGGGGAGAAGACACUGGGUCCGGAGCAUCCAGUUCUUGCGAAAUGGCUCAACAACCGGGCGGUGUUGUUGUUUCAACAGGUAGCCGUUCGCAGCCAAACAAUGGCGACCGAAAGCAAGAGCUACACUAGCGAUGUCAACUACAUAGUUCCUGAUCAGACCAAACCGGUGAAAUAA